AUGGUGUUUGGGAAGGUUCACGAUGGCAUAAGAGCCCUCUCUGAGCUUUCUGGACUCGACGAAACUAACGUGAAGAUUCUCACUACAACCGCUUUAUCGUUUCCCUUCUCCAUCAUCUUCAAAAGACUCCCUGACAACAACUACACCCUCAAGAACUGGUACAUCAUUGCAGUUUCCUCAUUCUACGUCUUCGUGAUUUGUGAGCUUGGCUCUGGAUUGAGGUCUCUUUUGAUCUCUGCCACGGGCACUUAUCUUAUAACCAGAUACUUGAGAACGGACCUGAUGCCGUGGAUCAACUUCCUCUUUUUAAUGGGCCACUUGCUUUCUACGCAUUUCUUGUUGCAAUUCUUCCAGGAGUACGACCCGACUGUUAUUGAUAUUACAGGUGCGCAGAUGGUGAUGGUGAUGAAGCUUUCAGCUUUUGGCUGGAACGUGCACGAUGCUAGAGUUAACGUGGAUAAUCUCUCGCCGUACUUGAAAACGAGGGUGAUCAAAGAGCACCCCAACAUCUUGCCAUACUUGGGUUACGUGUUUUUCUACCCUUCGUUAAUGACGGGGCCUGCGUUUGACUAUGUGGACUACGACAGAUUUAUCCACUCGACUUUGUUUGAUGAUGUGCCUGAUGAUAAGCGCCCAGGAAAGCGCAAGAGAAGAAUUCCCAGAUCAGGUAAACCUGCGCUUAGAAAAGUGCUUCAGGGAUUGUUCUGGGCGGCUCUUUUCGUUGUGAUGCCCAAAUACGUCUCUUUGGAUUAUGCUCUUGAUGAAGGAUUUGUUACCGAUAAGUCCUUCGUCUACAGGUGUUUCUACUUGUGGGUAUUGGGUCUCACAUACAGACUCAAGUACUACACAAUCUGGCUGAUUGCCGAAGGAGCCUGUAUUUUGUGUGGCAUUGGUUACAACGGCUACGAUCCAGACACAGGUAAAUUUAAAUGGAACAGAGUACAGAAUAUUGACCCUGUUGCCUUCGAAACGGGUCAAAACGUUCACACGUGUCUUGAGGCAUGGAACAUGAACACCAAUAAAUGGUUGAAGUACUAUGUGUAUGUGAGAUUAGCCAAGCCCGGUAAGAAGCCGGGGUUUAAGAGCACGCUAUGCACCUUUGCAACAAGUGCAGCAUGGCACGGAACUAGACCAGGAUACUACCUUACUUUCGUUAUGGGUGCGUUCAUGCAGACGCUUGGUAAGAUCUACCGAAGGAACAUACGUCCCAUCUUCUUAGAGGCCGAUGGAAAGACUCCUAAAAGAUCGAAGAUCUACUAUGAUGUUGUCAGUUAUAUUGUCACGCAGCUUGCGUUCGGUUUCAUCGUGCAGCCAUUUGUGAUCUUGGACUUCAAGAAGUCCGUUUAUUGCUGGAGCACUGUCUACUUCUACGUGAUCAUCGCCACUGCCAUCACAUUAGUUGCAUUCAAGGGCCCUUUCAAGAAGCAGGUGACUGAGUUUUUUCAAUCCCAUCAAGCAGCACACCGUCUUGCAGAAGAGAAAAAGAAGCAGGAGAAACUUACUGAGCAUGAGGCUAGUAAAGUACACAAAACCGUCGACAAGGUUCUUAGAAGAGACGGUGGCGACGACAUGCCUACGUUGGGUGUUCCGUCGAUAGACGAGCUUGAAAACAUGUCGAAGGAAGAGUUAGAAGAGGACAUGAGAGAGCUUCAAGUUGCGUGGCAAUCAUUCAAAGAUCGUAAGGGUUUUUCUGACGACAUCGACAACUUGAAAGAUGCCUACAAGAACUUCACCGAAGAAAUCGAGGAGAUUUUUGAGGAGCAGAGAAAAGCGCUAAAGCAGAAGUCACAGUGA